GCCCGGGAUGUUCUACUAAGUGGUGUGGCCUAGGAUUAAUCGAUAGCCAGCAUCGAGAAAAGUAUUUGUUGCGACCUUGAAUCGGCAGUUUGGUGUGAUAAAAAUGUGUUUCCUGACUAGUUUGCUACUCUCGGUAUUCCUACUAGGUCAAGACGUCGCGGCACAAGGGGCCGUCACCUCUGAACCGCAAACCACCAAGCCGCCACCGACAAACGGUUGCUUGGACACUAAGCGCAAGGAGGUUGAGAGCUGUAUCAACCAGCUGAGAACGGGCCUUGUGUCGAAAAAAACGACUGACGUUAACAACUUCCUGUGCGACGCCACCAGCGCCACACAGAAGGAGCGCCUCGAUUGCGUCAUCAAGUAUUUCCGGGAGUGCAAGGAAGUCGUACCGGCGGAAUUCCUAACCAUGCUUCGACAUGUCGGCGCACAAUUUUACGCCGAAGACUUGUUCCAUCUCCGAUCCGCUGACGAGUUUUGUGAGUGCGCGAAGACUCAUCACUGCUUGUCCGAGCUCGAUUUCAAUCAGAUGGCUCAAGAACUAGACCUGAAGCACGAGUACCCAUGGAAACACAUAGCCAAUCCGGAAUAUAUAUGUGGGCGGGGUCUCAGAAACAUCGACUGUGUUGGUCGCUCGCUGCCCGUGUGUACCCUGUAUCUACAGCACAAGUACAACCGGACCGUCCAGGACGCCAAGGUCGCUUGGGUAAAUGUUGCUGACCUCGAGUACGCUCAUACAUUUGCGGAGAAGCGGUGCAGGAUUUGGUCAAAAGCGCCAUCAAAUCAGAUCCCAUAG